UUGAUUUCAGUGAAUGUUCGCCUGGAUGAUUCAAUCCUCUUUAUUGGAAUCAAUCGCCCUAGCAGGAAAAAUUGCGUCAACCAUGAAACUGCAAAGGAGCUGGUUGCUGCAUUCAAUCGGUUCAACAACAAUCCAGAUGUGAAAAUCGGAAUCUUAUAUGGAGAAGGCAAUACAUUCUGCGCUGGAUAUGACCUUUCAGAAGUUUCCAAUUUGGACACAACUUCUUUUGAUGAGCAGUUCCCUCACAAGUAUCGCUAUAUGGUUGGUAAGCGUAAGCGGAUUACCAGAUAUUUUCAGCCACCAGAAGAGUGGAAAGCAAAAGGACCUUCAAUCAUGGAAUUGAAGAAACCACUAAUAGCUGCUGUUGAAGGUUAUGCGGUGGCUGGUGGUCUAGAAUUAUCGCUUAUGGGUAAAUUUUUGCAACUUUUUUUUCGAUUCAUGUAAAA